AUGAAAGUUGCUCUCGACCACAUCAACUUCAAAAGAGGAUGGCCCACGCCGCGAAUAAUUCCAGCCCAAGCUCUGAACGCUGCGGCAGCCAAAGUUUUUGGGCAAGAGGGUAUAGAGAAUGAUCUCGAAUACGGACCAGGACAUGGCAUCCAGCCCCUGCGCGAAAACAUUGCCAAUUGGCUUUCUCAAGCCUACAUACCAGCAGCAGGAAAGAUCAACGAAGAUCGAAUUCUCGUCACAAACGGAGCCUCUAAUGGCUUAGCGAUGCUUUUGCAGAAAAUUGCUGAUCCGGUCUUUACCCGUGCUGUGUGGUUGAUUGAGCCUACCUAUUUCCUAGCGUGUCCUAUCUUCCGUGACGCAGGAAUGGGAGGUCGGAUUCGAGGUGUUCCUGAGACUGAGGAUGGUGUUGAUCUUGAAUUUCUGGCGAAGGCUUUGAGUGAAGUAGAUCGCGAUGGGCACUUCGAGACGCCUGCACCUAAGAAGACUCCCGAACUGAACUACCCAAAAAUAUACCGUCACAUCAUCUACUUGAUCCCGACGUUUUCCAAUCCGAGUGGGAAGACAAUGGAGCUCAGGAGUCGGGAAGCUUUGGUGCGCCUGGCCCGAAAACACGAUGCUCUAGUGAUCUCUGAUGAUGUCUACGACUUUUUGAAAUGGCCAGCUCUGGAGCGCGAUCGGAACAAAGACGUUGGAGCCUGUCCCCCUCGUCUUGUCGACGUCGAUCAUAACUUAGAUGGAUGUUUGCCUUAUGGAAAUUGCGUAAGUAACGGAUCUUUCUCAAAGAUUGUUGCGCCGGGAGUACGGGUUGGGUGGCUUGAGGGUAGCACUAAACUGAUGUCAGUCAUGGGCACUGUUGGUGCGACAGCUUCUGGUGGAUGCCAAAGUCAUAUGGCAUCUCUGUUGAUAAAUGAAUUGUUGGCCAAUGGCACUAUUCAGGACCACAUUGAGAAAGUUCUGAUCCCCACCUACAAAGCACGAUACUACAGUUUGAUGGGGGCCAUUGAGAAAUAUCUUGUGCCCCUUGGCGUGACGGUAGGAUCAGGUACAGACUAUGAUUCACGGGGCAUGGCUGGAGGCUUUUUCACCUACAUUUCUUUUGAGAAGUGCGGCAUCAAUACAGACAUCAUUGCGCCUAUCGCUCUCCAUGCAUAUAAUCUUCAGAUUGCGCCAGGGCAUAUAUUCGCUGUUCCCGAUGAUCCUUCCAGUAAGGAAAGGACUAUCAAGUCCUAUGGAAAAGGUGCGAGACUGUGUUGGGCUUGGCAUGAGGAAGAGAAGUUAGUAGAAGGCAUUCUACGCCUGGCAACUGUUAUCAAAUCACUGAAGACCAUUUGA